GCCAACCUCCUCGGGCGCAGGGCCGCUGACAUGGGGGCCCUUCGGAUGCUGUUCCUGCUUCCGCUGCUUCGGGCAGCCGACGGGGAUUCUGGAGAUGGCGUGGAGGCCGAGGAAGUAGUCGCUGUGCUUCAGGAGUCCGUCAGCCUUCCCCUGGAGGUACCAUUCAAUGACAAGUUCGAGGACGUCAUCUGGUCCUCUCGCAUAAGGCUUGCCACGGUGGUUCUGGGGAGAGAGGGACAGCUGGCUACCAUUAUGGUGACCAACGCUCGAUACGCGGGCAGAGUGAGUUUCCCGGACCCCAGCUACUCCCUGCUCACCAGCAAUCUGAGCUGGGGGGACUCAGGGCCUUACAAGGCUCAGGUCAACCUGAGGACGUCCCAGAUCUCUGCUAGGCAGCAUUACAGUCUCCGUGUCUACCGACGGCUGUCGGAGCCUGGCGUCACGGUGGGCUUUGAGAACUCCAGGGAAGGUGGCUUUAAUGUGUCCCUGACGUGCUCCGUAGAGAAGGCGGGCCUGGAUGUGACCCACAGCUGGCUGUCCUGGGAACAUGGCACCUGAGACACUGAGACAGUCUGUGAGGGCUCUGCCCUCAGCGCGUCCUGGAGACCUGGGGACAAUGCCCUCUCCUAUACCUGCAGGGCCACCAACCCCAUCAGCAGCGUCCGUUCCUGUCUGGUCCUUGCCGGGCCCUUCUGUGCAGAUCCUGGCUAUGCCUCGGACACGUCCACUUACUUCUGCCUCUGGGCCAAAGGGCUGCUCUUCUCCUUCCUCGUGGUCACUCUGGCCGUGGGGCUCAGGCUCAUCUGAGCCCAGAAAAGAUGCAGAAUGCCAGGGAUGAGGACCCCCGGGAGAAACGAGGCUGAAGCCUCGCCCUGGCCUGGCCCGAUCGCCCCUUGGGGACCCCUGUGCUGAGCACUCUUUCUUCCCAACCCCUCCCCCCACCCUGGAGUC